AUCUUCUUCCCUACGGCCUGUACGAGAUAAGCUGCUAUCCAUCUAUCGUUCGAUUUAAGGAACCCUGUGUACCCCGCUGCUUAGACUCACCUACUUUCGUUCCUGUAAAGAAGGUUGCUCGGCACAGAGAUUUUCAUCAUAUUUUAACUUCAAGUAUCGCCCCUUAAAUAUUUUUACACCUGUAGCCGAAUACACUAUAUAGCAGCUUAUUGAUUAAUAUAAUAUGCGUAUAAAACUUUGGACGAUGCGUUACAAAUAUACAACGCAACAAGUAAUUGGGUGUCACUGCAAUGUCGAUCGCACACAUAUGCAUGCUUCUUGCUCGUAAGAUAUUAACCACCAAAGAAUUUUCAAGGAAUAAAUUGAUUGAAAACCUGCUGCUAUCGCCGAUCGUCAUCGACUAAGGUUGUGUCACAACCAGUGAGGUCGAUAUUUCAGGGUAACCACAGGUUUUCAAUUCCCAACGCAAAUGAUUGACAUUCCAGCAACCGAUGGCCUAUUAUUUUCACAUCUACGACAUAGUUAUUAUUCGAUGUCGUGCUACCCAACAUUGUGCUAUAAUGCAUACUUGCCGUGUUUCAGGCAAACAACAAGCAAGAUUUUAAUGUGUUCGAUAUUAGCUACCAUAAGCCGCUUAAACAGUAUCUGUCAAUUUGUGGGAUAAAUCCGUAUCAGGAAGAUCGUACUAGUAAUAUUAUAGUAAUUGCAAUAAUGUGCGGUUUUAUAAGCUUCUUUGGUCCAACGUCUAUGCAGCUAUACGAUGCCAUACGUAACAAAGAUUUCGAUAACGUCAUCCUGAAUUUACCGCACAUACUUACAGUAUUUAUCAGUGUUGCAAAAAUACUAAACAUCUAUUCCAACAAAACGCUGUUUAGAAAAUUAUUUAAUUCCCUGGAAGAAGAUUGGAAAUUACUGGAAUCAAAAAAUGAAUUACAAAUGCUAGAUAAAUUUACCAAACACGGCUAUAAACUUGCAUAUCUGUACAGAAGAACGUUAUUAAUAGCUCUCGUAAUAUUUCUGUCCCUUCCAUUAUAUAAUCCCGUCCUAGAUAUUAUUAUACCAUUAAACGAAACCCGACAACGAAAUAAUGUAUUUCAAGUUCACUAUGGUGUCCUAGAUAACGAAGAACACUUCUAUAUCGUGUAUGUGCAUUUAUCUCUUUGUGCGAUUAUUAUCGUGGUAACGAUAAUCUCGGUAGAUUCGUUAUACAUUACUAUUAUUUAUCACGCUUGCGGAUUAUUUGCAGUAUGUGGAUCCCAGAUUCAGAAAACUGCAGAAAAUAAUUUUGUCGAGAAAAAUGGUACUAACAUACGCAACAUUGGAUACGAUGCUUUCAAAGAAUGCGUGAUGAUGCACUAUAAAUGUCUUCAACUUUAUGACGUCCUCGAGAAAUGUUGCCGGAAUUUGUACUUGAUUACGAUGGUGUUGAAUGCAAUCAUUCUCAGCGUAACAGCUGUUGAAGUAAUUGUGUUCUUGGACCGACCGGCAGAAGCCAUCAGGGCUAUUGUCUACCUCAUAGCAGAACAAUUUCAUUUGUACAUGUUUAGUCUACCAGGGCAAACAUUACUGGAUCAAAGUGUAGAAUUGUCCAAUAAAAUAUAUGACUCGGAUUGGUAUAAAAUACCGACAAAAGCUCAAAAGGUAUUUUACCUAAUGCAAGUGAGGUCCAACAAACCGUGUAUAUUGACAGCAGCGGGGAUGUACGAGAUGAACAUUGAAAGUUUUGGAAUAGUACGUAAUAAUGGAAAUUAAUAAAAGUAUCAUGUUAUAAUAAUUUAAGCGGAUGUUAGUAAUAAUAAUUCUUUAAUUUCAAGACUGUUAAAGCUUGUAUGUCGUAUUUCACCAUGUUCUUGUCACUGAGAGAAUAAUCGUUCGUACCUACUCGAAAAUAUUCGUUUCUAGUAAUUUUAUGGUUUAAUGACAACCCAAUCUUACUUUUUCUAAGAGUUAUGUCAAUAUUAUAUGAUUAUGACUACA